ACUAACAUUAGCUGUCUUCCUCAUUUCUCCUUUUAUACAUCUUGUCUACUUCUUCCAACCACUCUAACUCUCUCACCCACUCUAUCAACUUUUCUUUUAGUUCUUUUUUCCUUCUUUCCUUUUAGUUCUAUGAAUUUGUCAAAACGAACGUUUGCUAAAUGAAAAAACAAACGUUUCUUUUUGGGCUGCGUUCAAAUUAGUUAAAUGAUGCUGAACUGCAACGUGUUGCUGCAUAACAUGUCACCUCUGUUUACAAGUUGAGGAAGCCAAUUAUAUGACUGGGGAUUUUUGUAGCUUUUCAAGUAUCUGGUUUGGUGUUUGUUAAAUCUCGAAGGUAUCAAACAACAUCCCUGUCACACUUUUGUUCCUGUAAUCGUCCCAGGUUUGUCACUUCUGUUUUCAAUUCUUUCACGAUCAGCAUUAAAGUGUCAGCUUUGGUUGUGAUAUUGGAACCUUUUCUUUUCUUUCCCAUUCCUGUUUCUAUAAUAGUCUCAGUUCUGCCAUUUUUGUUAUUUUCAUCUCAGCUUUGACUGUUCUUUUGUUACCAAUCCAGCUUCAAAAGUUCUAUUGAGUUUGUUAAUCUGAUUUUUUCUCCAAGUUCUUAUCUUUCUCCGUGGUUCUUAAUCAUGGUGAAUAUCUACAGUUGUGAAUUGCUCAUCUUGAUUGGUUCAAUUCUGUGUCUAGUAUGUGUUUCAUUAGAAUAUGUUCCCGAAGAUAACUAUUUGAUAGAUUGUGGAUCCUCUACAAAUAGUUCAGUAGGGGAUCGUGUAUUUGUAGCUGAUCAAUCCUAUUCCGAUGUCCUUUCAACCCCACACAGUAUUUCUGCCAAUACGAGUUCAGAUUCCACCUCUUCAACAUAUGAUUCUGCUCUUUAUCAAACUGCAAAAAUAUUCAAUGAGAGCUCUCAUUACACCUUUCCAAUCAAGAAACCCGGGCGACACUGGAUCCGCCUCCAUUUCUUUCCCUUUGUGUAUAGAAACUACAAUUUGAGCAUGGCAAAGUUCUCCGUCUCUGCUCAAAACUUCACACUUAUUAAAGAAUAUCGGUUAGAGUCUCCUCCCAUUGUGAAGGAAUACUCUGUCAAUGUAACGUCUGGCAAUCUCGUUCUCACCUUUACUCCCUCUGUCAAUUCAUUUGCCUUUAUUAAUGCAUUAGAAGUUUUUUCACUCCCUGACGAGCUGAUUCCUGCGGGUGCUAGGACCAUUAGUAGUAUCCAAGGUAACUACAAAAAUCUGUGGAAGCAAGCAUUAGAGACAGUCGAGAGGGUUAAUAUGGGCAACCAAACCGUGUUUCCCCAAAAUGAUACCUUGUGGCGACUUUGGGUUUCUGAUAAUGAAUAUCUGAUACAUAAUAAUCUAGUAACGUUCGUGUCUAAUGUCACAGCGGUCAAUUUCACUGGAGGAGGGCCGACUGAGAAUAUUGCUCCCUCUUUGGUCUAUGGAACUGCUACUAGAUUGAACUCAGACUCUGAUCCUAAUAUCAAUGCCAAUGUGACAUGGCUUUUUGAUGUUGAUCCUGGUUUUGAGUAUCUGGUUCGUUUCCACUUUUGUGAUAUAUUAAGCAUUCCUCAUCCUAAGCUGUACUUCAAUGUGUAUAUUGGUUCUUGGCUAGUUUAUCAAAAUCUUGAUCUUCUCAAACUCACAUUCUCCUUGGGUGCUCCGUAUUUUAUGGACGUCAUCACCAGAGCAAGUGACACUCGACUGUUAAAUGUAAGUGUUGGCCCUUCUAAUGUAGGUAUCCCUUACCCAAAUGCCAUUCUUAAUGGGCUGGAGAUCAUGAAAAUAAGCAAUUCCGAGGAUAGCCUCGAUGUCUUAGACUCUAUAUCCUCAAGAAGUUCGGAGGUGAAAGUCAUUAUUGUUGUAGGCUUGACCGUUGGAUUGUUUCUCGUUGUUGUUUUGGCUUUUGUUCUGUUUCUGCUGUGUCGAAGAAGGAAAUUAGACCACGCUGACCCCUUGAAAUCAGAAGGCCAUUUUCCCACGAGUGGAGGAGGUAACAAUCGAUACUUCAACGGUGCUAACAUCUUUUCCACCUCAAAAUUCGGGUACCGCUUCCCUUUCAUGGUUAUCCAAGAAGCUACAGAUAACUUCACUGAGAGUUUGGUUCUUGGGGUUGGUGGCUUUGGAAAGGUUUACAGAGGAGUUCUGAGAGAUGAGACAAUGGUGGCAGUGAAGAGGGGAACUUCACAAUCACAAGGCAUUGCAGAAUUCCGGACUGAGAUUGAAAUGUUAUCUCAGUUCCGGCACCGGCAUCUGGUCUCUUUGAUUGGAUACUGUGAUGAAAGGGAUGAGAUGAUCAUAAUAUAUGAGUUCAUGGAAAAUGGGACUCUGAAGGACCAUCUGUAUGGCUCAAAUCAUCCCAGCCUGAGCUGGAGACAGAGGCUUGAGAUAUGCACUGGAGCAGCUAAAGGACUUCACUAUCUCCAUACUGGCUCUACAAGGGCUAUCAUUCACCGCGAUGUCAAGUCUGCAAACAUACUACUAGAUGAGAAUUUCAUGGCCAAGGUUGCUGAUUUUGGGCUUUCUAAGACUGGUCCUGAAAUAGAUCAGUCGCAUGUUAGCACAGCAGUCAAGGGAAGCUUCGGAUAUCUCGAUCCAGAGUACUUGAUAAGGCAGCAACUGACGGAGAAAUCAGAUGUUUACUCAUUUGGAGUCGUCAUGUUUGAAGUUGUUUGUGGGAGACCCGUUAUCGAUCCAUCAGUUUCAAGAGAAAGGGUUAACUUAGUUGACUGGGCAUUGAAGUCUAUAAGGGGAGGAAAAUUGGAGGAAAUUGUAGACCCUCGUCUUGAAGGUCAAAUUAAGCCAGAUUCAUUGAAGAAGUUUGUUGAGAUAGCUGAGAAGUGCUUGGCAGAGUGUGGUGUUGAUAGACCUUCAAUGGGAGAUGUCUUGUGGAAUCUGGAGUGUUCUCUCCAACUCCAGGGUAAUGAAGAGAGAUCAAGCAACAAUUGUCAGAUUCCGACACAAUUUAAUCGUGGAAAUAACUUUGAGACCAGAGUAUCCGCUAGAGAAUUCAGCCUGGGAGGCGGAGAUGACCUUGAUGGUGUUUCAAUGAGUAAAGUCUUUGCCCAAAUGGUUAGAGAGGAAAUGAGGUAGACUGCAGGGAAGCCAUGGACUCGAACCUGUAGAAAAAAGGAUCCAUUUCUUGCAGAAAGUCAGGCUUAGAAGAAUAUACCGUACAGGAAGUGUGGAUUAAAACCUGUUGCAAGUAGACUGGUACAUUUUUGAAAAUCAAGUAGCUUGAUUUUGUAUGUUGUCAAGGGAGUAAAUGCAUAGCGCAUUCCAUUAUUCCACCUGUGUCUUUGAUUUCAUUACUCUCUCUUUCUUGGAUGUUGAAUGUUCUUCAUUGACCGAGGGCUUUCUCUCAUGAUUUGUAAUAAUCUUGUUUUCUACACCAAUUUAGUGCUUGAUCUCUUGCUUCCA